UGUGGUUUGAUUUGAAUGUUGCAGCCUGUAAUUGGUUUGGGAGUGGCUAAAGUCUUGGAAUCUGGGGAUCCAAAGUUUAAGCCAGGGGACUUGGUUUGGGGUCACACUGGUUGGGAAGAAUAUAGUGUCAUCACCACAGAGUCUCUGAUUAAGAUUCACCACACUGAUGUGCCUCUCUCUUACUAUACUGGACUUCUCGGUAUGCCUGGAGUGACUGCUUAUGCUGGAUUUUAUGAGAUCUGGUCUCCUAAGAAAGGAGAGACAGUCUACAUUUCAGCCGCAUCUGGAGCGGUAGGUCAGCUUGUUGGCCAAUUUGCAAAGUUAACAGGUUGUUAUGUUGUUGGGAGUGCUGGAAGCAAGGAAAAGGCAAAGAUAGAGCUCAACAAUCCUGAGAAUGCUAUAAUUGGAGCUUUUGCAGGUGCAUUAACUGGAGUUAUAACCACUCCCCUUGAUGUGAUUAAAACUAGACUAACGGUACAGAGAAAUAUAAGCUCUUUGCUGGCCAGAAAGAGGGGAACUGUAUUGGGAAGAUGUGAUAUGAUAGCAUAUGUGGGUAGUGUGGAUGGAACGAAUAAAUAUACCUCUGAGGGAGCUAGGUGUGAGGUGGUGGGUUCAUUUGGGAUAGGGUUCUGA